GUGUAACGGGCGUGCGUCGUUCGGCGGAGGGGACGCGGAGCAGAUGAGGCGGUGCUUGACGGGAGGGACCGUCUCACCCAGUCUCGGCUUUGCAGUAGUUCGCCGCUUCCACUCCGCCGGUCAAAGUUAACGGCCGCCUCGCUCCCCGGCGCCGAGCGGGAUUUUCGCUUUUUUUCCCCCGCGGAAUCAAAGGACCCGCAGCGGCGUGAAGCGAACGGGGGGGGUGGGAGCGACUCCCGCAAACAAACAACAGGCAGUUAGCGCAGAAGCAGGCACCAUGUCCACCCCCACAAACCCAGAGGUGAAGGAACUGAACCCUGUCGACUUUAUCCAGCUACAGCAGUACAUUGAAUAUUGCAGCUUGAAGGUGAAAGAUGUGCUGAGGGAAUUCGACGCAGAUGGCAGUCUGGCCCAGCACAGACACGGGGAGUGCAUCAACGAGGAAGGCUUCCGUCUGUUUUUGAAGACUUAUUUAGAAGUGGAGGACUUCCCUGUUGAUCUCUGCCAGCGACUCUUCCGCUCCUUCCAAAACUCUGAAGCCACCCAGGAAGACAGCGCCAAAGAGGUGUUUCUAAAGGAUGUUUCAUGUUACUUCUCUCUGCUGGAAGACGGCCAGCCCAGAGACAAACUGGAGUUUGCCUUUAAACUCUAUGACAGAGAUGGGAACGGUGUCCUUGACAGCUCGGAAGUGGAUAGGAUUAUUGCUCAGAUGAUGCACGCUGCAGAAUACCUCGGCUGGGACGUGUCAGAGCUAAGGCCGGUUCUGAGGGACAUGAUGACUGCGAUUGAUGCUGACAGCAGUGGAACAGUAUCUCUGGAUGAGUGGGUGGAGGGAGGCAUGAACAACGUCCCUUUGCUGGUCCUGCUGGGUCUGAAGAUGACGCAGUCGGACGGCCAGCACCUUUGGAGGAUGAAGCACUUCAACAAGCCCGUUUACUGCAACGUGUGCCAGAGCAUGCUGCUGGGCCUGAGGAAGCAGGGGCUGUGCUGCACUUGCUGCAAAUACACAGUCCAUGGACGCUGUGCUAACAGGAACCCCGCACCCUGCACUAGGACCUAUGUGAAGUCAAAGAAAGAAACCGGGGUUCCCGUGCAUGACUGGGUGAGUGGGAACUGUGAUGCUAGGAAGUGUGAUAAAUGCCAAAAGAAGAUCAAGAGCUACCAAGGCCUCACAGGCAAACACUGCGUGUGGUGCCACACAGAGCGGCACGAUCAGUGUGCAAACCAGGAACCAACAGAGUGCACCUGUGGGCCGCUCCGAGACCAUAUCCUGCCUCCAUGGGCCAUAUACCCCAUUAUAAAGGAGAGACCAAACAAUGUAAAGAACGGCUGCUCAGGUUCAUCAGAGGAGAGUGAGCUCAAUAUCACUCCUGAUGGACAAGUGCUUCAGAUCUGCCCGGUGCCAAACACCCAUCCUCUUCUAGUGUUUGUCAACCCCAAAAGUGGUGGGAAACAAGGGGAAAGAGUCCUGCGCAAAUUUCAGUAUUUACUGAAUCCACGGCAGGUAUACAACCUGUCGAAUGGUGGACCCGGACCAGGACUUAGCUUUUUCAGAAACCUGCAGGAUUACAGGAUCUUGGUGUGCGGGGGGGACGGCACGGUCGGCUGGAUUCUUGACGCAAUAGACAAGGCCAAUCUGGUGGUGCGGCCUCCGGUCGCCGUGCUUCCUCUGGGAACAGGAAACGAUCUUGCGCGAUGUCUACGAUGGGGUGGAGGGUACGACGGGGAGGAUCUGACUCGUAUCCUUAAGGACAUUGAAGGAAGCUCUCAGGUGCUGAUGGACCGCUGGAGUGUGCAGGUCAUCACAGAUGAGGAGAAGGAGAAGGGCGACCCAGUGCCCUACGAGAUCAUUAACAACUACUUCUCCAUUGGAGUUGACGCCUCUAUUGCCCACCGGUUUCACACAAUGAGGGAGAAACAUCCCCAGAAAUUCAACAGCAGGAUGAAGAACAAGCUGUGGUAUUUUGAAUUCGCCACUUCAGAAACCAUCUCGGCUUCCUGCAAGAAACUCAGCGAAAGUCUUACAAUGGAGUGCUGUGGUGCUCCUCUGGACCUCAGCGGCCUGUCUCUGGAGGGGGUUGCCGUCCUGAACAUUCCCAGCAUGCAUGGGGGCUCCAAUUUGUGGGGUGAGACCAAAAAAGUGGACACUAAGGGACUGACGAGCGUGGAGGAGCCCGAGGUGAUAGUCGACCCAGAAAUCCUGAAAGUCUCCUCCCAAGACCUCAGCGACCGUCGGUUAGAGGUGGUCGGUCUUGAAGGAGCCAUGGAGAUGGGACAGAUAUACACAGGCCUCAAGAGCGCAGUGCGGCUAGCCAAGACGUCACAGAUCACCAUCAGGACAAAAAAAGCAUUACCAAUGCAGAUAGAUGGAGAGCCCUGGAUGCAGCCUCCCUGCACGAUUCACAUCACACACAAGAAUCAAGCUAAGAUGCUGAUGGCUCCUCAGGCCAAACCUUCAGGCUUUUUCAAUAAAUAAACCCAACUGACGACAUGCACAUUAUAGUCUGUGUCUGAGGACCGACACUUUUCUAAAUACAAAGUGUUUGAAUGUUGUAGAAUAUCAGCAUCACAAAAGUCAAACUGAGGCAAACUGCUUCUGCAUCUCUGUAAUACAUUAACAAAGCAUGCCACUGUAUAAAUACAACCUGUGUAUUAGGAUAUGUUUGAAUUGUGACUAAAUGAAUUUGACCAAACUUUGUUUUAAUCUGUACUUAAAACUCUCGCUACCUGUGUCUCAAAAGCUUCACAGUGAGUGGUGUGCUGCUCUGUUGGAACUUAGAGUAAGGAUAAAGUAGUGUCAAUAGCACGUUUAAAGGAGAAUAUUUAGCUUAAUGUGCCUUUUAUCUUCUUAUUGGUUAUGGCUUAGGUAGAAUGGCAUACAGAGCACUGUGUAGGCAUGCACUUUGGAUAUAGACCAUGUAGUAUUCUUGUUUUCUUGUAGACAUAAUAUAAAAGUCACAUGUAUUUUAUUUUCAGCUUGGUACCAAGAGACAACUAAUGAGAUUACAUUUUUGAUUGUUGGCUGAGCUAGUGUUUGGUGCAUUUUCAUGCAUUCAAGAAGAUACUUGAAAGUGUUUGGAACAGUAUCAGGACAAUCAUUUCCAAAAUGGUUGCAUGUUGACCCACUGCAGCCACUCAGCUGUUUGUGUGUGUGUGUGUGUGUGUGUGUGUGUGUGUGUGUGUGUGUGUGUGUGUGUGUGUGUGUGUGUGUGUGUGUGUGUGUGUGUGUGAGAGAGAGAGAGAGAGAGAGAGAGAGAGAGAGAGAGAUUAA